AUGGCUUGGUGUAGCGGACCUCAACAAAAAGUGAGACCAGAAUACGAUGAUCUUGAUAUGUUCACAGUCACCAUGUAUCAUGGGGGUUCUAUAGUUAAGAAAUUGGGUUAUCUAGAGGGAAUUAUACUAUACCGUUAUAAGUUACAUGGGUCUUCAGACUCUCUCACCUUGCUUCAGUGUGAUGAAGAUAUCGUAGAUAUGUGUGCAUUAGUUCCUGAAUUUAGAGAGUUUGAGAUAUAUCGAGAGCAUGUAAACUGUGACGUUGAAGAGUUCCUUAAAAGUCAAGCAUCCCAAUCCAGUGUUUUAAAGGUGGAUACAAUUACGAAGUCUAAAGUGGAAACUGAGGAAAUAUAUGUGAUAAGUCCAUAA